AUGUCCUGGCAAAACGAAGGCGAUGAUGACAACGAAGAAGAUACCUCAGUGGAGCAAGAGCGCUUUGAAAAGAGCAGAAAAAACUUCUGGUUUUUUCUAAAAGAAAAGCAAAACAUUAAGCCAAUCCGUUGUACCCCCUCCCAAAGGAAGCUUCAUUUGUUCCUAUACCAGGGGUGUCUUGUCGCUCUUUACCGUGAUCCGUAUGAGAACCAGAACAGUUGGCUCGCAAAUCCGGAAAGAUUUACGAUCUACUCGUUCUUUUGGAGCAAAAAGGUGCUUUUCGGACUUCUAAAAGAAGCACAACAAACCUCAAUCCAGCGUCGUCAGAAUGAAAUUACAGUAUUUCGCGGUUGGAACCAACGAAAUACAAUUAGUUGGGCUCCGACUGUGUCAAAGCCCCCUCGUCAAUUACGGACUUUAGCCUUGCCUCAAAAGAUUAAAGAUGAUAUACUGAAGGAUAUCGAGAAUUUCCUGUGUCCACAAUCAAAAGUAUGGUAUGAAUCUCGUGGUAUUCCAUACCGCCGAGGUUAUCUUCUCUAUGGUCCUCCCGGAACCGGGAAGUCAAGUAUGUGCUUUGCAAUUGCGGGGUACUUUUGGCUUGAUAUUUACACGGUCAGCUUGAACGCCCAAAAGCUUGAUGAGGAUAGCUUGACUAGCCUCUUUCAGAGUCUCCCAAAACGGUGUAUCCUGCUUCUUGAAGACGUGGACAAGGCCGGGAUUAGCCGAGAGGGCAAUCAGCACAGGAAGGUUGCCGGCCAAACUAGCCGGAUGGAGGAUUCUCUCCAAGAAAAUGAACCUGAACGCGCUGGUAUUUCUUUAUCAGCCCUUUUGAACUGUCUUGAUGGUGUCGCGGCACAGGAGGGCCGUAUUCUCAUCAUGACCACCAAUCAUCUCGAAAAGCUUGAUUCGGCCUUGAUUCGACCUGGUCGAGUAGAUAAUAGAUACCACUUCGACUUUGUGGAUACCAUGAGCGCCAAGCAGCUCUUUCUCAUCUUUUUUGACAAAGGUUCUUCGCUUACGGAAAGAGACGCAAACAAUGAAGAGACAUGCGACAAUGCAACAUUGGAGCUCUCUGUUGAAUUCGCGGAUAUUGUUUCCUCAAUUCAAUUGACUGCCGCGGAAGUAAACAACUAUCUGAUGAAGUUCAGAGACGACCCUAAGAUGGCUGUUUCGAAUGCCCGUGGCUGGGUGAGUGGCAGAAAAGAAACGGCUAUGCUCGCCGCUGAAUCCUAA